AAACACGCAAUCAAAUGAAGUCAUUUUUCGCAGAAGAAGAAACUGCUUCGCGGCGGGCGUUGUAGAAUUUUAAACGAAUUUUUUUUUCUGUUACAGUUUUUUGUGCAAGUUUUUUUUUUUUUUUUAGUCUCUUUUGGAUACCUUUCAAUUCGCCAGGAUAUACUUAAUAUCUAUCUAAAAAGAAAGAGCGAGCUAUUUUUUUGGUGGACUUUUUGUGCAAAACUUAAAAAGGAAGCCUGUAGAAUACCUGAUUUGGGUUUGAAAAAAAAAGAAUAAAGUUAGUGCCAUAAAAGAUUUCACGGUUAUUAAAAAAACACAAGAGCAAGAGCAAACUGCUGCAAGCAACAGCCAUGGAUUCUUCAAUGUCUUCGUUGUAUUCGCGCGGCGAUAAUGACUCUGACGGACUAACAGCAAUACGGGCUACAACUAUUGGAACCGUUGUUGUACGCAGUGGACCAAUUCAAAUGGUGAUCGCACUUUUGCAAAGCCCAGACAAAACAUAUAUAAAAGUUGUGGAACUUGAACCACGAUUAACAACGCUUGGAGAAAAUAUCGAAGAAGCUGUAUCGCUACAAAAGCAACAUGACGAGACUCUUAGGAAAGUACAAAAUCUCCCAACACCACUCGACGAAUUCGCCCACAAAGCUGACAAGCUGCUCACAAGUAAACGCAUUAGCCCAGACCUCAUCACAGCAAUGGCUGAUACUUUACACAUCGUUUGGGAUGAUAUUCUCAAGCUUCUACACGAUCGCAAGCAUUUACUCGAUCUAUGUGCGAAUUUCCAUGAAAAAAUGGGUAGUUGUCGUGGCAAGAUGUCAUCUCUAGAAGUUGCCUGCAAAGAUACCAUGAUCCCAAUUGAAGUUGAAGCUGUUCAGGACUUCCUGAACAAAUUCAAACAACUUCGAAUUGAUGUUUUAACCACAGUUAUGGCAGCUCUGAAAGAUGGAAAUGAACUUCUAACACAAUUACAGGAAUUAACUAAACAGCAAACACUUGACACACGACCGGAUCAUAUUAAACGUGAUGCACUUCGAGCUGUUAAUCAAGUUCAACAAUGGUUGGAAGCUUUGCAUGAUCGAAGAAAUGCUUUAGAUCAGGCUUGGCAAACGAGAAAGACUCAAUUAGAACAGUGUUUGGCAUUGGCCAUUUUGGCCAGAGACUUGGAUGAUGUUGAAGGGGUAUUAAUGAAGAAGCGCGGCGAACUGUCUGGACAGUUUAGUUUGGGUGAAUGUGAACACACUGCCAAUAAAAAUCUUCAACAGUAUCAUGAACUGAAACAUAAUGCGUUACUUUUGAGAGAUCGGGCUCUAAAGAUCACUUGCGCUGAGGAAAAGCUCGUUUCUUCAGGAUGUUUUGCUGGGGAUGAGGCUCGUUCUAGAGCCUACAAUAUUCUCAGUGGAUGUACAGAAUAUUUGGAAGCUAUCGAACAGCGAGAGCACUGGCUUACACAAUCGAAAGACUUCUUCGGAAAAGCUGAAAAAACCUUGGCAGUUCUUGAAAAGCUCGAAAUCGAACUUUCCACUACCAAAUUCCCCACAAAUACACCCGAAAGCUUUGCAAUGUUCUCGAAAAUAUUGAAAGAUGUUCGUGGAUUCACCGAAGAUCCACUACGACUAGGCUAUAGCUUGCUGGAAGAAAUCGGUCGAACGAAGCCCGAAACACAGGGCAUCAAACGUGUUAUCGAAGAAAUCGAAAAUCGAAAAAUUUACAUCGAAAGUAUUUGCUCGACGAGUACGGAAGAGCAAGUUCGUGUCGAACAGGCUUUAAAUGAUUUUCUCGAACAGUACAAUCAGCUUUUGGGCUGGUUAGUAACUAGCGAUCAGAGUUUCCUACAGAAAUCUGUGUCGUUGGGUAGAAAUUUACAAGAGAGCCGACGUUUCUUGUUGCAUCAUCAUGAACUAAUGCAACAUUUAGAGGUAUCCAAAUUUUUUUUAAUUUAUUUAAAAUUUUACAUUAUUCAUAUUAAAAUUUUUUUUUUUUAGGACAAAGGCGAACUUAUCAAUAGCCUUUUGGAAACAAUUAAAUCACAUUUGGAAUCAUUAAGUCCACAACAACGAUAUGAUGUGGAUAGCAAAGCUGAAGCUCUUCAUAAACAUUGGAUUGAGCUAAAAGAUAUCGUAUUGAAACGAGUUGAUGUUGUUUCUUUGUUAAUUGAAUUCUUUGAAAAAGCUGAACAUUUAGAUGAUCAGUAUAAUAGUUUGGAACAAGGACUUGAACAAGUUUCGGAUGAGAAGAAAUUACGAUUUAUGCAAGAUUCAUGGUCGAAGAUUCAAAAGGAGUUUAAUGAACUCAAGGAAUGUGGAAAUCGAUUGAUAAAUUUGAAAAUUGUAGAUCCAUAUCUUGAGACAAAAUCUCUUCGAUCCGACAUCGAAGACAUCAUCAACAGCUUCAGUAGCCGUCAGAUCGAUGUUACAACCAGUUUGAAAAAUCUAACAACAAGAAUCGCAGAAAAGCGUGAAAUUGAAAUUAUCUUAGAAAAGAUUAUGAACGAUAAUGAAGAGACUGCCAUCAAAACAACCAAAGUGGAUACCCAACUUUACCCGGUCUUCACAUCACCCUCCGAAGAUGCCGAAUUCCUUCUGCGCGAAACCAAACAAAAACUCUCAGCCGUGGUGAAUGACAUCGAACGCGCCCAGGACGAAAUCGAACAACGCGUCCAGACCACCCUCAGUAUUCAAACAAAAGACGAAGAAUCUCUGCAAAAAAUUGACCAGGUUAUAACCAACCUGCGCACUCUCAAAAACAAGCUAGAUGGCAUCAAAUACGACUAUCGUACACUCCUCGAAAGUGUAUUGAACUUUGUCGACAACGUCAUCCAACUGCGCCAACAAAUCGAUGAAUAUUUCGUGGUGCAAAAAUCGAAAUUCCCCGAUAAUAGUUGUGAGAAAAUCGAUCGGGUUAUUGCGGAUCAUGAACGAUUCCGGGAGAAUUGCAUGGAUAAAUUUAGAUCGCUUAUAACACAGAGCGAACUGCUGAUUGAUCGUGUGCGUGCAUUGGAACCAUUGGGCGCACGCGAAGUCGAUACAGAUCGUAUUCUGAAAUUGCUGGAGAAUUUGCGAAUUCAUUUCGAGUCGAGAAACGGUGCAAGAAUGUCGGAUUUGGAUCGACUGGAGAAGUUGGAGAGUUUUAGAAGUGACCUUUAUGAUAUAAAUAGGAGUUUGGAUAGUGUUAGCAAGCAAUUGAGUGACAUUAAUGGACAGAGUAUUGACAGUUUGGCAUCGGCUAAAACGACAUCGUUGGCAUUUGAGUAUUUUGAGAGAACAAUUGAGCUCCUAGAAAAAAGGAUAACAAACUUUACCGAAAAUUCACAAUCACUCUAUGCCACCAAUCCAGAUAGUGAACAAUUUAUACGAGAUGAGUUGAAGAAACUCGAAGAUAAAUGGAAGAAUUUCAAGGAUCAAGUGAAAUCGAAACGGAAUUCUCUGAAUUCGGCAACAGACUUUUUCGAAAUUGUUGAAAAGAUUGAUGCUGAAUACCGAGAAAUCAGUUACUUCUACACAAGUGUUUCGAACAAAGUCACUUAUUUGCGAGAUCCCGUUGAAGCUUCAAAUUUAGUCAAUGACAUUGAAACUUACAUUGGAGCAAGAGAGGGCCGACUUCGUGAUAGUUUAGAAAAAGCCCAUCAAUGUGGUCACGAUGAAAGGAAAGUGAUAACCCUGCAAAAUGACGUCUUCACUUUACUCCAAUCAUUUAUAAAAUUGAAGACUGACAUCAGUAUUGUACAAGAACGAAUGAAAGUUGAAGAGCGUUUGCGAGAACAACAGGCCCAAGCUGCUAAGGAACAAGCGGAAAGGGAACGCUUUGCUAGGGAACAAGCAGAACGAGAACGUUUCGCACAGGAACAGGCUGAAAGGGAACGAUUGGCAAGGGAACAAGCGGAAAACGAUCGACUGGCAAGAGAACUUGCCGAAAGAGAAAGGUUUGCUAGGGAACAAGCCGAAAGGGAGAGGCUUGCUCGCGAACAGUUGGAGAGAGAGAAAAUCGCCUGGGAACAAGCUGAAAGGGAACGCCUUGCAAGAGAGUAUGCAGAAAAGGAUAGAAUUGCUCGUGAAAAUGCUGAAAAAGAUCGACAAGCUUGGGAACAAGCCGAACGAGAACGAUUUGCCAAGGAACAAGCUGAAAGGGACCGUUUGGCAAGAGAACAAGCUGAACGUGAGUUUUUGGAAAGGGAACGCCAGGCAAGGGAAAGAGCUCAAGCCGAAUUUAUGGAACGAGAAUUACUGGCAAAUCAACAAGCUGAAAGGGAACGUCUUGCUAGGGAACAAGCUGAGAGAGAUUUUGCUGAGCGAGAACGUUUGGCAAGGGAACAGGCAGAAAAAGAACGUCAAGCUAGAGAACAAGCUGAAAAGGACUUCUAUGAACGUGAACGUCAAGCAAGGGAACAAGCUGAAAAGGAACGUUUAGCCAGAGAACAAGCUGAAAGGGACUUCAUGGAACGAGAACGUAAGGCUAGGGAACAGGCGGAAAAAGAACGUCUUGCCAGGGAGCAAUUGGAACGAGACUUUAUCGAAAGGGAACGUUUGGCCCGAGAACGUGCAGAAAAAGAACGAAUUGCUCGGGAAAAAGAAGAGAAAGAUCGAAUUAUUCGGGAACAAACUGAAAUUGUAACAAUCAUCAAGGAUAAUGGAAAUAAUGAUCAAGUCGCUCAUUCGGAGAAUAUUGAUGAAAUCCGAAAGGAACUGAAAAUUAAUGAAAUGUUUACAGAAAUCAAAUAUUCGCAACCAAGAUUUACGAGACUUUUAAAGGAUGCCAUUACCAAAGAGGGAGAUCGUUUUAUGUUCGAGUGUCAUGUUGUGGGAAGUCCUGCUCCAACUGUCGAUUGGUACAAAGAUGGCAUCCUUAUUCACAAUAAUCCGGAUUAUAAGACUUCAUUGAGCAAUGAUGGUGUCUGUACUCUGCUAAUUGAGGAGACUUUUGUAGCCGAUUCAGCUAGAUUUAGCUGUAGGGCUUCGAACUUAGUUGGAGUUAGCGACACUAGCGCCACCUUGUCUGUUCGAGAGAACCCAGCUGAAGUUCAAAUGACUCCUCCGAGAAUUGUAAAGUUCCUCGAGAGUGGCAAAGCUACCGAAGGUAGUCCAUUUGAGUUUACUUGCAUUGUGACAGGAAAUCCAUUGCCAACGGUACAGUGGUACAAACAGGACAAAUGUAUCGAUGAUUCGCCAGAUUACGUCAUCAGUUAUAACAAUGGCGAGGCAAAGUUGAGAUUUGAAGAAGUUUUCUUAGAAGAUGAUGCUAUUUAUACGUGUAGUGCUUCAAAUCAAGUAGGAAUCGAACACUGUUCGGCUAGCCUCAUUGUGGAACCUCUUGAACCAACCGAAAUGCCACACUUCAAGAUCCCACUCAAUAAUGUCAUGGCGCGUGUCGGCCAAAAAAUCAGACUCGAAGCCUUGGUAGGGGGCAUCCCUAGGCCAGAAAUUUAUUGGACACAUAAUGGAAAACCAUAUGCAAGUCGUGAAAUGAGGUACGAGUAUGGACGUGUCACGCUGAUGAUACCCGAAGCAUAUCCCAAAGAUUCUGGUGAAUACAUUUUGACAGCUAAAAAUCUAGCAGGUGAAGCAUUUAGUACGUGUAACGUUAUGGUUAAAGGUCGGCUACCAAAUGAAACGUCCGAUUCGGAAAUGGCAAGUGAUAUGGAACCUAUUAAACCUUCGGUCCAAUUGCCUCUGAAAGAUGUUUCGAUAUUUGAGGGUAAAUCGGUUCGUUUAGACUGUGUGAUUGUGGGGCAACCAGAGCCCGAAGUAAUUUGGUAUCAUGACGAAAGACCUGUGAAAGAAUCCGCCGAUGUUCAGUUGCUCUUCCAAGGAGAUCGGUGUUCGUUACUGAUUCAGGAAGUUUAUCAGGAAGAUGCUGGACACUAUAAAGUUGUUGCGAUCAAUUCAGCUGGAGAAGCUUCAAGCAGUUGUGAGUUGAAAGUGACUCCGUUAAAUAUCGCCGAACCAGCGACAAGAAAUCACAGUGAAAGCGUUACAGUAACAAUCGAUAGACAACCGAAGUUUGAAAAGUUCCUAAGUGACGUGCUAGUCGCUGAAGGUGAUCCCGUUGAAAUGGAGUGUAUAGCUGUUGGCGAUCAACCUCUUCAGGCUAAGUGGUAUCUCAGCAACAAGGAACUCGAAGAAACCUCCGAUAGAAUCAAGGUUAUCACUGAUAGCGAAAAGGGUAUCUUCAAACUUGUCUUCAGCAGUGUAUCGGUCGAUGAUAAAGGUGUUUACACGGUAAAGGUUUCGAAUAAGUCGGGUGAUGCCAAAUGUUUCUCACAUUUGAUCGUGAAAAGUGUCAAUGCCCCUGAUAACCAACGUAUUCAGCAAAUCGAAAUCGAAGAGAAACUAGUUUGUCCAACUUUCACAGAGCUUUUUAGUGACAAGAACGGUCUUCCGGGAGAAGUUAUUAAGUUCGAGUGUAUUGUGAAAGGCAAACCAACUCCAAAAAUCCGUUGGUUCUUCAAUGAUCAACCAGUUCAUGGAAAGAAUUUCCUCAUUUCAACCAGUGGCGAUAGGCAGGUUUUGACUAUUCCCGAGGCGAGUCCCGAAACUGUUGGUAAAAUCUGUUGUGUUGCUGAAAAUGAAACCGGAAAAGCAACUUGUAUUGCAUUUUUAAGCCUGAUUGGAAGUGGUAAUCAACCGUCUUCGGUAGCUGAUAUGCAACAAAGUACCCAGGAACACAAUACCGGUUCUUCAAGCGUUACUAUCAAAAAGCAAACUUUCACAACGACUUCGACUUCUCAGGUGAAUAGUUAUGAGGGGAAUCUUCCCCAGAUGGAAGUUCACACUUCAAGUGCUCAUAUCGAUCAGAGUCUUAAACAACUUGGCGGCGCACGCCCGGAAGUUGUGGAAAGUCAUCAUUAUCAGGAGUUCCAUAAAAGCAGUGAUUUGCCAGCAACAAUUCAGCAGAAAUCAAUUGUUUCGAUACAAUCGGGCAGUGAUCUAUCACCGAAGAGCACUCGAAAGCAAAUUGCACCGAGGUUCACAACCCCGUUGGUUGGAAAGAUCGUUGAUCAGGGAGCUGAUGUGUUCUUGGAAGCCAUUUAUGAUGGUUUCCCUUCACCGGAAAUUAAAAUCCACAAAAAUGGGGCUGAAUUGUUCGAAAGUGAUAAAACUAAGAUCACUAACAAAUUUAAUCGUUUGACAAUCGAUUUGAAGCAGGUUGGUGUCUUGGAUGCUGGGCGAUAUUCUGUGACAGCAUCGAAUACUAUGGGACAGUCAACUAGUACCGCUGAUGUGGUUGUUAAGAAAACCAUAUUCCCUCCUGUUUUUGGUCAUCGUUUGCAAGCCCAAGUUGCCAAACGUGGCGAUCGUAUUGUCAUGGAAGUUGAAGUUACUGGAACACCCGAUCCAACUGUAACUUGGUUAAAAGAUGAUAAACCUUUGAAAGAAGUCGGUUUAUCAGAACAUAGAAUCAAGUCGGUGGGAAAUACCCAUACUUUGAUUAUUGAAAAAGGUCAAACUACUGAUUCUGGAAAGUUUAUGGUUAGGGCUACAAACGCCGGUGGAGAAGCCAAAAGCAUAGCUGAUUGUGUCAUUGUUGAACCAACUCCUGAAAGAAUGGUAGAAGUUGUCAAAACUGUCAUUUUCGAUGAUGCCAAGGAUAUCACAGCUGAGGUUUGUUAA